AUGUGAUGUUUCUUAGCAAAUCAUUUUCCUUUUCUUUUAUAACCGUAAAUUAAAGAAUUGAAUUGUUUUAAUACGUAUUUAUAUUAUAUACAUCAAUAUUUUUACCAAAUCGUGAUUUGUGAUAUUUAUAACUUGUUGAAUGUGAUCGUUCCUGUGACUAUUUCUCUGCAGUUGAUUUGUUUUGAUUGUAGCUAAAACCAAACACGAAUUAUUAAAAUAUGUGUAACAUUGAGUAUAAUAAUCACAAUUGAAGAGAUUUAUGCUCAAUAUUAGGUUUUAUAAAUUUAAGAGUGUCAUAAGUGUGUAAUCAAUAUGAAGGGAUACGUUUGAAAGUAGGGAUGCUAUUCCUGUUUUAAAUAAAAGUUAUUAUCAUGAGAAAUAAACAUGUUGGUAUGUCUACGUGUUUGUGGAGCGUACUCCUACCGGCUGACCCGAAGGCAUUCUACAAUAUUUCUAAUAAUAUCCUUCCUUGUUGUUCUGUCACUGAUAUUUCAAUUUUAUGCAUACAAACAUCAAGAGUUACCUCGGUAUUCACCAAGAAUCGGUGAUUUCGACUAUAGACCAGGAGCAUUUCUUAAGGGUCGACAACCGAAUGAAAACAUAAGUUAUUGCCAAUUUAAUUAUGGCCUUCCAGAUACAAUAAGAUGGGACACUGUUCAUAUAUUCCCCUCUCCAGAAAGUGGUCGGGCUAGCAAUUACAGGGUUAUAUAUAACGCAAUAAUGGGUAGUGCGUAUGCAAAUCAUUCUAAAUAUAAUGCGGUUACCUAUGCCACUCAAGCGACUCCUGAGUUUAUUUAUCAUAUCGUUGAGAUAGCCAGAUAUUGGGAUGGUCCCAUUAGUUUAUCAGUUUUUGUACCGAAUUAUGACAUGGAUAUAGCAAUAAAUAUAAUGAAUCAUUUAUGCCGAUGUUAUUCAUCAAUGUCAAAAGUGUCUCUACACCUAUUUUAUCCCAAAAUGUUUCCGCCAAAAAUAGGUACACAUGAGCCCGUUAUAACAACAACUGAAAUAUCAACGACUACUCAGAAUGUAACAGAUAUUCAAAUACGAAAAAUGCAAAAAUAUCGAUCUUUAAAUAAUAAAACUAGAGCAGAAUAUAUUCAAUGGGUUAGGAAAAAAAAGAUUGAGAAAAUGAUGGCUAAAAUAGGGAAGAAACAGCCUCCAAAAUUAAUAUUCACUGAUUGUUCGGGCCUUGAGGUAUUCGAUGUUCCUACUUUUAGACGAGAGAACAAUAUGAUAUAUCCAAUAAACGUGGGGAGGAAUGUAGCGAGAAAUGCAUCAAGGACAAACUACUUCAUAGUGUCAGAUAUUGAGUUGGUACCGAGUAACGGAUUAGCCCCGAAAUUUCUCGCAAUGUUGAGGAAACUUAUGGGCGAUAAGAAACGAGAUGAGGGUUGUAUAUUCUCAAAGACGGUCUUUGUUGUGCCGUUGUUCGAAGUUGAAAGAGGAGUGGAUAUUCCACGCGACAAAGAAACGUUAGUUCGUCUAAUAAAUGAGAACCGAGCGAAGUACUUCCAUCAAAAGAUUUGUGCCCAUUGUCAGCGUUUCCCUGGCCUACAAUCAUGGUUACUGCGGCCUUCACCUCCUGUUGUUGAAGAUGUAUUACAGCCAAUGUUGAUCGCGAGACGUGAAUAUCCUUACCAUCGAUGGGAACCACUAUAUUUCGGCACACAAAAUGAACCCUGGUACAAUGAAGUGCUAUCGUGGGAGGGAAAACAGGACAAGAUGGCGCAGAUGUUGGAGAUGUGUCUUCGGGACUAUCGCAUGGUAGUAUUGGACGGGGCUUUCCUGUGUCACGCAGCAUCUCCAAGGAACACCACAGGACGGAACAGGGCUCAAAGGAUCAAUCACAGGCGUUACCAAAAUGCGGUAUCAGCUUUCAAACUUAAGUAUCCAAAUAGACCUAAAUGCAAAAUGAUGUAUGGAUGUUGAUUAUUAUGUGUCAUUCUAAGCUAAACUAUUAUAAUAUUGUCAUGUGACAACAUUUCUGCUGUAAUAAUUACAAAUUAGUUUAUGAUUGAGGCACCGUGAAGUAAAAAUUCAUGAUUAUUUCUUUAUUUAUUUGAGUUAGAUGAUAUUCUUUUUUAGUUACAUGUAAGUUUUAUUUUCGUCUCAAUGCAAUCUCAAAAAAUGUCUCAAUAAUGAACGAUUUUUUUAGUAUAGAUAUUUAUUAUUAAGGUACUAUUUCUUGUUUUCUUUUAUAAAGGUUUACGAAAAUUAUCUCAUAAUUGUACAUAUAUAUAAACAAUAAUGUUAUUGUUAAUUCACUGGAAUAUAGUAUAAAAUCUGAUAUAAUUACUUUCAUAGGUUAAUUAUACCGAAAAUUUUGUGGAUUUCAAAGAUAAUAUUGAUGUUAAUAUUAAAAGUAAACAAUCUGUUUGUUUGCCUCUCGUCGAAAUGGUUCCAAUUAAUUAGAUAUAAGGCUUCGGUUGUAUUUGAAAAUUUUAUAUACCGAUAAGACUUUGUAAUGGAUUUCAAUAUUUGAUUAUAUAUAACAAUGACUUCAUAAUUUAAUUAUCUCU